AUGGAGGCCGAGUUCACCGACCUCGAGCGCAAGCAUGCCAAAGCCACGACAAUCAAGCCAUCGAAGCUCAAGCCCGCCGAGUCCAAAUCCAAGCAGCCCGCCACAAUUCCUCGCUACUUCGAGGGCCCCGGUCCGACGCUAGCCGAGGAGUGGCGCGAGAGGACCGCUGAUCUCCCGUUCAACCUCGUCUACGGAUGCAACCUGGGGCAUUGGCGCACCAUGUCGUCAGAGGAGGUACAGUUCUGGAGGGCCGCCUGGCGUCAAGACCAUCCUGGAAAUACUUUCUCGUGGAAUGGAGAAGAGGAGAAGGCCAGGACAUUGAGAGGGAGGUUGGCGGAGAUGAUGGGGUGGGAGGAUGGAGGCGUGUGA